AUUCUGUCGGACUUGACCGUUCUUUAGGUCGUAACGAGCAAUGCUACUCUUUGUUAAGUAAAGUGGGGAGAAAUCUUGCUCUCAAACAAGAUUUGUUUAAUUAGAUGGUCAUUUUCACCACAUCUGCGUAUAUCUGCCUCUGCAGAUUAAAGUAACUGGUAGUAGUUUGCUUGCAAGACUACUUAUUUUGUAGUUAGCUAACGGUAGCGUGUUAGCUGCUCAGACAACAGCUGCAGUUGGGGAGUAAUGUCGCUUCACGGCAAAAGAAAAGAGAUCUACAAAUACGAGGCACCAUGGACGGUGUAUGCGAUGAACUGGAGCGUCCGUCCAGACAAACGCUUUCGGCUGGCACUUGGGAGCUUUGUGGAGGAAUACAACAACAAGGUUCAGUUGGUGGGUCUGGAAGAGGAGAGCUCGGAGUUUGUCUGCAGGAACACAUUUGACCACCCUUACCCAACCACCAAGAUCAUGUGGAUACCAGACACCAAAGGGGUGUACCCGGACCUGCUGGCCACCAGUGGGGACUACCUGCGCAUUUGGAGGGUCAGUGACACAGAAACACGCCUUGAGUGUUUGCUGAAUAACAACAAGAACUCAGACUUCUGUGCUCCCCUCACUUCCUUUGACUGGAAUGAAGUCGACCCCAAUCUGCUGGGUACUUCCAGCAUUGACACCACCUGCACUAUCUGGGGGUUGGAGACUGGUCAGGUGUUAGGAAGAGUUAACCUGGUAUCUGGACAUGUGAAGACCCAGCUGAUUGCUCACGACAAAGAGGUGUAUGAUAUCGCAUUCAGCCGUGCAGGAGGCGGAAGAGAUAUGUUUGCCUCUGUGGGAGCUGAUGGAUCCGUCCGCAUGUUUGACCUCCGGCACCUGGAGCACAGCACCAUCAUCUAUGAAGACCCCCAGCACCACCCGCUGCUUCGCCUCUGCUGGAACAAGCAAGACCCCAACUACUUGGCCACAAUGGCCAUGGACGGCAUGGAGGUGGUCAUCCUGGACGUGCGUGUGCCCUGCACUCCUGUAGCUCGACUGAACAACCAUCGCGCUUGUGUCAACGGCAUCGCCUGGGCCCCUCACUCCUCUUGUCACAUCUGCACUGCAGCCGACGACCACCAGGCUCUGAUCUGGGAUAUCCAGCAGAUGCCACGGGCCAUUGAGGAUCCCAUCUUGGCCUACACUGCUGAAGGGGAGAUCAACAACGUGCAGUGGGCCUCCACGCAGCCGGACUGGAUCGCCAUCUGCUACAACAACUGCCUGGAGAUCCUGCGUGUCUAAAGCCACGGACACUUAGAUGAAGAAGAAGGAGCGUUGUUUCAGAUUUGGACUUAAUUCUUAGUCCUCGUCCCACUGCUUUCAAGAAAAGAAUGAGGUCACGAGUGAACUUUCUGAAUGGAGUAUCACACACCUGCUCCACAAUAACCUGGUUUACAAUUUCCCCCCCAUCUAUUUCCUUCAUUGUUCUUCUAUUAAACGUGUUUAAGCUCUUAUUUAUUUUGCUCACAAGGUAGUGUUCAGCAUCUGCACAGCGGCUGUAAGAAGCUUUGCAGCUUUUUUGCAGUUGUCUAUGAAAAUCAGAUUUUUAUACUUUUUGGUGUGAUUUCAGCCAGCUGUGAGAUUAUCAUGAAGGGUUUAGAUGUUGUGUGUUUCAUCUGCUUGAUUUGUAAAGGUUGAUACAAACUACUGUUGGUGGCAGAAGAUGAAAUGUAGGAACAUGUCGUAGCCUUCUUGUGGACUCCUUCCAUAUUAUUGGUGAUUCAAAGAUCAAUAUCUUAUAGGCUUCUUUACCCUUUGGCAGUUAACUUUUUCAAUUUUUAAAAUGGGUGUGUGUCCAGUAUCCUCUCUUCAAAUGAAAGUGUCGAGGUUCAAACUCAUACAUUUUUUUUUAAGAAUUGUAAAAUAACCCGCGAAGGAUACAUUUUAGUUUAGCUGCUGAUCCUGUGAGGCAGCCAACUCAGAACCUACCAGAGCAAUGUUGUCUAAAACACCUUUUUAACUGCCUACUUAUUCUCUUCUUCUUUGUUUGUAGAAGACUAUGCUUGGAAAGCUGCAUUUUCUUUGUGUUAGAGUGAGCUGUAAAAUGGUAGGAGAGUGAAACAACUUUUUGACUGAGUCUGCCUCUUUUUUUUGGUUUUCAAUAAUUAAAGGGUCAUGUCCUUGUAGCAUGCCAAUACAAGGCAAAAUGUACAUACAUAUAAAUAUAUCAACUUAAGAUGUUGGUAAGCCAAGUGUUCAUGUUGUAGCUUUUUCAUAAAGUUUAUUAUUGAAUUUGCUCUAAUAAAUUGUAUUCCUCCAUGUCCUAGGAACAAA